GACCCGGAAACGAGAAUCCCUCAAUCCUCAUUCCUGAGUCACAGACUCAACUCAACUCAACAAGCUCACGCCUCACGCAGCUGAGAUUCGAAUUUCGAUCGUUCUUCUUUCUGCUCCGUUCUCAAUUUUCCCUCAUUCUUUUUCUCUCUAACCAAACACUCUCAAUACCCUGCUUCAGGUAAAAGUAAAGCUUCAUCUUCUAUUUUGAUUUUUCUUUUUCGCUUCGUUGAAGGGGGAACAAUAAAAAAAAAGUAACUGAAACCCAAAAUUCAAAGACCCUUUCUCACCCAAACCCCCAAAGGUUAAAUUUGGCAUCAAAAUGCCAGAUGUUCAGGCCCUUGUCAAUGAUUUUGUCAAUCAACUUAAAAAACGUAAAAUUGAAGGGUCUCAGGCCACAGCAAAGCAGACAGCGGAGGUGCUUCGGUCUGUGAUUUCGCAGCAGCGCGUGCCACACACGAACCAGGCUGCAGCUUUGAUUAAUGCAGUAAGGGCAGUUGGGGAGCAGCUUAUUGCUGCAAAUCCUGUUGAGCUAGCAGUGGGAAAUAUUGUGAGGCGUAUUUUACACAUUAUAAGGGAGGAGGAUCUUUCCCUUGCAACAGCUGCUAUGGCUGGCUUGGGGCUGUCAGUUGCUAGUGAUGAUGAAGAUGACAUGGAGCGAAGUGACCAGCCCAUUUUAUCUGCUGCUGCUGUUGCAGCUGCUGCAAGAAGCACCUUGCGUCCACCAUCCUUGCAAACUCUUCUAGAGGAUAUGCCUGAUUCAGCUGCUGUUCCACACACGUCUUCCUCAGGGGGUGAUUCUGAAGGGAAAAGCAGAUCGGUUGACAAAGGUUCAAGAGGUCGGAAGUUGAAGCAUGAUGUCAUUGAAGCAGUUAAUGAACUUAUUCAGGACAUAUCCACUUGCUAUGAACAAAUAGCUGAGCAAGCAAUAGAGCACAUUCAUCAAAAUGAGGUAAUAUUGACCCUGGGCAGUUCAAAAACUGUGCUGGAAUUUCUCUGUGCUGCAAAGGAAAAAAAGAGAUCAUUUAAGGUCUUUGUUGCCGAGGGUGCACCAAGAUAUCAAGGGCACCUCCUUGCAAAAGAUUUGGCUGCUAGAGGCUUACAAACCACAGUAAUUACUGAUUCAGCAGUUUUUGCCAUGAUUUCCCGAGUUAACAUGGUUAUAGUUGGAGCUCAUGCUGUCAUGGCUAAUGGUGGAGUGAUCGCCCCGGUUGGUUUGAAUAUGGUUGCACUUGCAGCUCAAAGGCAUGCUGUUCCAUUUGUCGUACUUGCUGGGAGUCACAAGCUGUGCCCUUUGUAUCCGCACAAUCCUGAAGUCCUACUGAAUGAGCUGAGAUCCCCAUCUGAGCUGCUUGACUUUGGGGAAUUCUCAGAUUGCAUGGAUUCUGCUAGUGGCGCUGGCUCUCUUCACAUUGUUAAUCCAACGUUUGAUUAUGUGCCACCUAAACUUGUUAGUUUGUUUAUUACUGACACUGGAGGGCAUAACCCGUCCUAUAUGUACCGACUCAUAGCGGAUUACUACUCGGCUGAUGAUCUGGUGGUGAAAGGAAGGCCUACUACAGGAAGUUGAGCAAUUGAGUUUCGGCUACCCUAAUUUUUGUUCUAUAAUGGUUUCUGAUGUUCUCUGAUGAAGCAUAGGCUAGAGCUACAGGUUCACGAUCAUUUUGCGCGCAAGAAAGUGGGCUACAUGUAACACUGGGGAACUAGGGGAUGAUCAAUUAUAUAGAGAAAAAGGGAUAUGGGAAAAUUAUCAGGUGAAACAAGAUUGCAUUUUUGUGGUUGCUGACCACGAUGGGGUACACAUUUUGUGCAUAUAACCCUUUUAGUCUUUAUUAAGAUCUAGCCUUUCUGAUUUUUGGUCCAUUCAUGUGAGCAUUCAAGGGUCCCCAACUUUCUGUUUUGAUGUAUAUUUUUUUGUUACUCCCAGGAAAAAAAGGUAUCAGAGAUCUUUAUUCUUUACACACAAAUUUCUAGUUUAGUUUGUUUAGUUGAUUUGUUCCAACAUGUAGUUGCCAUAGAAACCUUUUAUUCCUGGUAUGUUAUUUGGAGGCACAAGAAUCAUGAAUUUUUGCAGGUGAAUCAUGAAUGGCUUGUUUUGAGAUGGCA